AUGUCUAUGCUCGUGGCCAACACCAUGUACUCGCUGGCCCACGAGGCAGCCAAACGGCCCAUUCCAAUUCUUAUCUCCUCCAUCGUCCUCGGGGGGCUUUAUGUUCUCUACCUCGACUUUCUCAAAACCUACGUCAAACGACCCUCCCACUUCGUCCCCAAGUCACUCAAGACCCUCCUGCAAACCCCCACCUUCAAUGCCCCAUUGGUAGAGCUACGACCCGGUGAAACCUACCGGGAAGUCUUAGCUCGUGGAUCCGCCUUAUACCCCAACCGCCCCUACAAAAUCCAGCACUUCCCCAACGAAAUCAUCAUCCUCCCACCCCAAUGCGUCUCCGACAUCCGCGACAACCCCGAAGCGACCCUCAGCUUCCAACAAGGCUCGUACGAUUUCUUCCUCGGCGACUUCACCGGCAUCACGGGCCACGAAAAAGCCACCGCGACACUCAUCCGGCGCGAUGUCGGCCGUCUCUUGGACCAGGUGUAUGAGAUCGUGCAGGAUCGCGCCCUCACCGCGAUCUUGGAGGAGAUUGGCCCAUGCGAGGAGUGGACGGAGAUGGUCCUGUUCCCGCGCAUCGUGCGCAUGAUUAUUAAGAUCUCGCAGAGGGUGUUUGUGGGGGAGAAGUUGUCUGCUGACCCGGAGUGGCUGCAAGUGAUUCAGAACUGCACCGGGGGAGCCUUUUCGGCGGUGCCAAAGUUGUGGGAGAUUCAUUGGUUGUGGAGGCCGUUUGUGGCGUGGUCGAUGCCGCAGUUGAGGGCGAUUCGGAAACACAAGGCCAAGGCAGCGGAACUCAUCCGCCCUAUCCUCGAGGAACGGCUGGAGAAUCUCAAAGAUCCGAAAUUCAAGCCCCCCCCCGACCUCAUUCAACUCGUGAUUGACGGGUCCCCCGAUAAUAAAGGUCGUUCGCUGGAGUAUCAGGUCAGUGCGCAGAUUGGCACCGGUCGAGCGGCGCUGUUCACGACCGCCGUGACGGUGUUUCAUAUCUUGUAUGAUUUGUGCAUUCGGCCGGAGUAUAUCGAGGAGUUGAGGGAGGAGGCAUUGGCGGUGGGCGAGGUGUCGAUGACGAGGGCGAAUGUGGCGAAAUUGGCCAAGCUGGACUCGUUUAUUCGGGAAGCGCAACGGUUUAAUAAGUUUAUGCUGGUGGGGACGAUUCGCAAGGUUACGAAGCCGUUGAAGAUUGCGACCGGGGAUGUGUUGCCCCCUGGUACGAUGUGUGGUCUGGAUACGCAUUUCAUUCACUUUGAUCAGUCGAGUUUGGAGAAUCCGACGGAGUUUGAUGGGCUUCGAUACCACAAACUCCGCUCCCUCCCCGGCAAUGAACAAAAGUUCCAAGCCGUCACUUCCGGCCCGGAUCAUCUGGUCUUUGGCUACGGCUCCCAGGCCUGUCCUGGGCGAUUCUUUGCCAUCCACGAGGCCAAGGUCGUGGUGGCGCGUAUCCUGCGGAAUUAUGAGUUCAAGUUGAAGGAUCCCCCCAAGGAGACGUCGGUGUUGAACGGGUUGGAUGGGAUUUUGAAUAAAGUGGAUCCGAGCAUUCGGUUUAUGUUCCGUCGACGGACCUAG